AUGGCUGCAAUCGACAGAUCAGUCGCUGCAGGCUGCGAGCCGGCCUGCACACUUGUGCCCGACACGGACGCCACCUCGCAUCGGGCAAUCCCGAUUUUGUGCGGGUGCAUCGACCGCGCAAAGUCCGUGCGCGUUGACUGCUCAGCCCGCCUUGGCUCGGCGAGGCUUGCGGACAAUUGCGAGUACUGCCGUGCCCAUGGAGGACCUCUGCCGCGACAUUCCAUUGCAUCCUCUCUCUCGCAGAGGAUUCGGGCGGAUUCCCUUGCAGAGGCAGAGGAAGCUGAGAAAGUUAUUCGACGCGAUGCUCGGCCGGGGUGCCUUGCGGCAGCGCUACUUCUUCAGACACUACAUAUUGUCACCAAUCAGCUGGCGCAGUUACCUAGCCUCAACAUUGAGGACUUUAGCGACAGCAAGCCGCCAAUCGCUGUUACAGCCGAGCAACUUCUCCUCAAUCUGGCGAUUUGGCUACGGGCCGGUCCCUCUGCACUUGUUGCUUUGGGCUGGUUGUAUGACUGGAAUGCCCCCUCUGUCGGCAGAGCUCUGCUGCAGCUGGCCUUAAACGGGUCCUGGACGCAUCUACCGAAUGAGUCUCUCCAGGCCCUUCGUCAUGCCUUCAACACGGCUGUUCUUGCCCAUAACCAAGACUCGUUGAUGCGAACCCUCCGCGCUGCGGUCAUUGAUCCCGUCAAUGCUAUUUGGGACGCCCGCCAUCGACUUCUGCAACUUGCGCGAGAGCCGCUGUGCCUGCCGUUGCUGACACUGCUAUCAAGACUGCACGGCUUUGGCACCUUUUGGCCUAAUUAA